AGAUCAUUUCUAUGAAAUGAAACUGACUUUAGUUGUGACAAGACAUGACCUGAUUUGAGGGGUUUAUUGGUGAAAGUAGCAAUCCAGGUUUGACUAGUCCAAGCAUAGAAUUAUUAUUGAGAUUUGGUGUGAUCUGGAUGGAGAAAGGGAAGUGUGAAUUAUCUUCCUUUUCCCUAUUAUUAAUUUUUUCAUCUCGUCUACAUUUGAGAAGAUUGAUCACAUGUAGGACUGGUCUAAUGUGGCCUGGAUGGAUAAAAAAGAGACUUGUCUGCUAUCAGCCUGAGGAGUCCAGAGCUAUGCUGUCAGCCCAGCAUGCUUCGAAAGAGCACCACGUGACUGUACACACGUUGUUUGUGGAGCCCUUUAACCCAAUAAUUGGGGCCCAGUACAUAGUUCUCGGUGAAACAGAAAAUGCUGAGGGGGUUGGAGUGAUGGUCCGUGCCCGUGUGCUGAACUGUGUUGAUGGUGUAAACGUAGCCCUUCUACAGAAAGCCAUCAAUGAGCAAAGGAGCUUCUUCAGGGAAAGGGAGUGUAGACAGGGUAAAGAUGAACAGCCUGCAGAUGCAACCUGAUCAGGGUCUUAAUCAUCAAGUUUCCCAGGAUGCUUGUUGAUUGUCAGGGCCACUGUUGACUCUAAGGCUGUUUGCCAGGGUGCACUGGACUGCUGUUGGUGUGAAGGAGUGGUUAUGUCAGUUUAAAAACAUGGUUUUUAUUUUUUGUCAGUUUAUUUGACAAUCUUGUCUGAUGAUAACAUGUUUCUACACUUUCUCAGGGAUUACUGUUAGACAAUUAAAACCCCAAAGUAAGUGUUUUGAUAAUGGGUUAUCAUGUUUGGUCAAUGAAGUUCCAAGCAGAUGUUUGGGUCUGUGACUUGAAAAUACAAUGCACUUUUUAAAGUCA